AUGAGUAAAUUAAAAUGUGAAAAAGGAUCAAUCUUAGGUCCAUGGGGUCAUCAAUGGCCCGAUGAUGCUUCUCCAGAACCGAAAAUUGGAUUUUUACAAGGAAUACUUCAAUGGCUUGAUUAUCAUAUUAAAAAGAUAAAUGAUGAUUAUAAAAAUAGGGAAUCAUUUUCAAUAUUUAAAUUAAAGCCAAAUAUUGAUGAACUUCAUUCUAUUUUAAAAGAAAGAAAAGGAAAUUGGAUUCAUUUCAAUUCGCUUCCAUUUUAUCCAAAUGAACAUUUUCAACGAAAUCAUUUAUUGAUCGAUAAGAAUCAAGAAAUCAAUCAAAAAACAAUAAAAUAUUAUUUAUCUUUUCAAUCGUUAACAACUGAAAUCAUUUCAAAUGAUUCACUUCCGAGAAAAAUUUCAUUUUUAUCUCCCCAAGAAACAGGUUUAGCAAGUGGAAAUUCACUUGGAUGGGGAAAUAUUCAAAGUCCAGAUCAUUCAACAGAUCAACGAGAAGAUGAUGGAAGAUCUUUAUGCUUUGAUUCUCUUCCUUUAGACGAAAAUUAUGAAUUAUUUGGAUUUCCAACUGUUAAACUUAAUUUAAGUUCAAAUACAAAUUAUGGUUUGAUUUGUGUUCGUUUUUCUAUGAUUGAUGAAAAAACAAUUUAUUUUAAUGAAUUAUCAUCAUGUACUUUAACUUUACUUUGUUUAAAUGAAAAAUAUUCAACAAGAAAUGACUUUGAUCUUCCUGAAAUUUGUCAAGGAAUUCCAAAAAACGAUUUACGAGAUAGCUCAAUUAAUCGUUUUAGAAUAUUUGAUGAGAUCAGCGAAAUAAUUACACUGAAAAUAAAUGAAGAUUGUGAUUCUAGUGAAUAUCCUGAUGGUUUAAUAUGGGAUGAAACAACAGAAAGUAUUUAUACAAUAAAGAAAAAUGAUCCUCAAUCGGUAAGAAUUGAAAUAAAUCGAUAUUUAAAAUAUUAUUUUCAAGAUCAAUCAACAAUUAAAGUUGAUAUAAAAACAAAAUCAAUUAUGUUUACUAAAAACUCACCAUCAACAUAUGAAGUCGAACAUCAAUUAAAUAUUAAUAAUAAAGAUCAAAUAUUUUUUGACAAAAAUUGGAAUCUAUCAUUUCCUAGAAUUAAUAAUUAA